UUUUGACACAAAAAUGAAAACAAAGCGAUAUUUUUUUCUACAACAAAAAUACGAAGUCAGCUGCUUAUAAUUUGCGAUUUAUUACAAAAAUAAAAUAGUAAAUUCUAUUUUACUAAACGAAAUUCCCAUCCCGAGUUAGUUUGUGUGAAUAUACAAAAAUACACACAAUGUCAGAAUCGAUAAGAUACGAAUGCAAUCAACAACAAUUAAUGCGAACUAGCAACGAUAGCCAACAAUUACAACAGUCGCCAACUCCAAUGGAUGAACCAAUUGGAACUGUACAGAUACUUUGCACCCACGACGGUGUUUUAUUAAAACAAGCUAGCGCCGAACAUAUUGCUGACCUAAAUACCAGCGGCGCUUUAAGUGUUGUUGAAUAUUCCCCAAGCAAACGAAAGUACAUCGAAUGGCAUCCAAAUGAGAAUAUUCUAAUUGCCGAUGAUACCCAAGAUCAAGGUGAUUGGGCUUUAGUCGAUACGAUUUCCCGUCGAACUCGAACGACUUCAGAAUGUCGUGUUUUUAAUACAAAACCCGAUAGCCAGACCAAGUCGCGAUGUAUUCGUUGUAAUUUGGAAGAUUUGCGUUCAAUUGAAGUUAAGAAUCGUGGACAAACUAUUCGAUUACUCAAAAAAGAUUCUGGCGCCCUUCAUAGUGAAUAUUUCUUUCAGCAUGGAAAUGCUGAUAUGUUUGUUCGUUCGAUGAGGCAAUUACACAUUUUGGAUGUGUCCAAUACAAAUCGAGAUGAAUUUGUUGUCCUCAGCAUUGAAACGCAAAAGUUGAAAAAGACUUUUGCUGAAUUGGACAUUGGAGAGAUAAAAGCAAGUUCGACGGCAGCGGAAAGUUGGUUGCCAAAUAGAUUGGUUGGGUUCUUGGUUAAUUUCCCAGAUUAUGUGCCACCACCGUUUCAUAGGCCACAGCCUAGGUCGAGACCUGUGGUGAAUGAAGAUUAUCAGGUUUUGAGUAGAGAUCAGAGUCAUGAAGUGACUCCAGAGACCGAGACACCGAAGGAUGAUGAUGAAAGUAGCAAGGAGGAAGUUGUGGUGGAGAAUAAAUUACCCAAAAGAGAAAUUAUUGAAAGAGGUUUACCCCUCAGCGAAAAUCAAUGGUUGGAAUUUCAAACUCCAGACGGACGUAUUUCCGAUCCAACUCGCAUAAAAGAGAUCAUAUUUCGCGGCGGUGUUGACAAUCGACUCCGCAGUGAAGUUUGGAAAUAUCUUCUCAAUUACUAUCACUGGGAUGAUACCGACGUCGAACGUUCUAAGCGUCGCAAGGAAAAGUCCAUGGAGUAUUACAGCAUGAAAGCCCAAUGGCUAUCAAUGACACCAAUUCAAGAGCACAAUUUUUCCGGUUAUCGUGACCGAAAGUGUCAAAUAGAAAAAGACGUUAAGCGCACAGAUCGCACACUUGAAUAUUUUGCCGGUGAAGAUAAUCCAAAUUUAAUGGUAUUGCAGGGUAUUCUAAUGACUUAUGUAAUGUACAACUUUGAUCUGGGCUAUGUACAAGGAAUGAGUGAUCUAUUAGCACCAAUUUUGGCCAUUCAAGAGAACGAAGUUGAUGCGUUUUGGUGCUUUGUUGGGUUUAUGGAUAUGGUAUUUAAUAAUUUCGAUAUAGACCAAGCUGGCAUGAAGACCCAGUUCAAUCAACUGAAGCGACUCUUAGAGUUUGCUAACCGUCCAUUGUUCCAAUAUAUGAAAACUCAUGACUCGGACAAUAUGUACUUUUGCUUCCGUUGGCUUUUGGUAUGGUUUAAGCGCGAGUUUUCAACAGAUGAUGUUUUGAAAUUGUGGGAGUGCCUAUGGACACGGUUGCCAUGUCCUAACUAUCAACUCUUGAUAAGUGUUGCAAUUCUAGACCAACAAACUGAUAUCAUAAUCGGGAAUCAAUAUGAAUUCAAUGAGAUCCUAAAACACGUUAACGAACUAUCCGGCGAAAUUAAUCUGAAAGCUACACUCGAACUUGCCGAGGCGAUUUACAAACAAAUAAAAAAUGCAGAGACGCUCACGAAUGAUAUCAGAGUUAUAAUUGGAGAACAUCCAACGGAACCAUUUGGAAGUCAAGAACUGCCUCACGACUUUGAAGACGGCUUUGAUGAACUUGUUCGCGAACUAACGCCUGAAGAGAAAGAAAAACAACAAGCCAUGCUGGAAGAGGCCUGUGAGCAAUCAAUGUUCUUGCAAUUCUUGUAAAUCGAAAAAUGAAAAAAAAUUAGGGCUUAGUAGAGGCCAAUAAGCCAAAGUUUUAUUAAAGUUGUUUACUUUUAUUAUAUUUUUUCAAAAUUAUUUUGUAGAUAGCAGAGGUUAGAUUAGAUAGUCGAGAGUUUAAAUUAAAAUUUUCAAUUCGAGAAAAUGUGAUGGUAAAAAAAAACCAAACGAUUAUUAAAUUUAAAAUAAAAGUAGAUGGAUCCUGUUUGGUCUCUGAAAUAUUGUAAUCCAGCUAAACCUCUGCACUUUAUUGUAUUUUAUUGGACUUAUUUUGUAUUUUUUUUGGUUAUAAUAUUGAAAAAAAUCUUAUACACACUACAUACUUUUUGCAUUAUGCAUACAGCUGCAAAUAAUAAUAAAAAAAAUUGAAAAUUUUAUAGUUAAAA